UUUCUAUCAAUAUUAUAUAUGCAAGGAUUGGAAGCAGAGAGAGAGAGAGAGAGAGGUCUUGAGUGAUUGCGAAAAUGGAAUUGGAGAAGGCAGUUCAGAGAUGGGUAGUUGACAUAUCUCAGUGGAAUCCUUCUCCCCAUGAAUUCUCUUAUUCCAUGUCUUUUCUUCCCCAACACGAACACUCUUCAAUCACCAGUAGAUAUGUGAAAUCAGAAGAUCGAAAACGGGCAAUCGUGAGCAGGUUGCUUCAGUAUGCACUAGUGAAUCAAGUAUUGGGAAUCCCAUUUCAUGAAAUUCUCAUCAACCGCACUGUUGAGGGCAAACCCUAUCUCGGGGAAGGUUAUACAAUGGCCUUAGAAUCAGAAUUCCCAAAUUUCAACUUCAAUACAUCCCACCAUGGCGACUACGUGGCGAUAGCUUCAGAACCAAUAUGCAUUGUUGGCUUGGAUAUUGUUACUCAUUCUGUUCCUGUGAAAGAAACAAUUCCAGAAUUCAUUCAAAACUUUUCAUCAUACUUCACCAGAAUGGAAUGGGAUAAUAUUGUUAAUGCUGGCAAUCAUGAUAAUAUGUUAAGUGAGUUUUACAGGUAUUGGUGUGUGAAGGAAGCAUUUGUGAAGGCGAUAGGAAAUGGAGUGGGGUAUAGAUUGGAUGCUGUGGAAUUUCAUCACACUAGGUGGACCGACAUAUUUGUUAAAGUUGAUGGACAAGAAUUGAAGGAGUGGAGAUUUUGGCUUUAUGAGCUCGGGAAAGGGCAUACGGUAUCAAUUGCCAGGGGCCACCCAAGAUUUGCCACCGAGACAUACAAGAGAACAUUAAAAAGAACAGAGUUUGAUGACGAUGAGUACCAUUUAGGUCUUCAUCUUCCGGAUGGAAGUUUUGUGCUGCGAACAGUAGAGCAACUCAUCCCAGCCGCAUGUAAAACAGGUGAAAUACCCAUUCAUGUAGGAAAAGAACAUGGUAUAUGUCAAACUGAAGAAAAGCUCGCCCCAACAUUCUUGUCUGAGACAGAUUAAUUUAUAACACACGCUAACCGUUCUUGGGGUUGUUGUCUAUCCCUCUCAUUUGACGAGCAUUUGAAGCACGUCGAGGUGAUUUUCAUUUGUUUCAACUGAUGACAAAAUCACGAUCUCGAGUUUUCAAUGAAUAGUAAAAUUACUUCGAUGUUAGCCAUUGUACACUAAUAAUUGACGGACAUGAAGCUUUUUCCGGUGCCUUACCUCUCUUUUAGCUGAACAAUCAGCUUUGGUGCCAACAGAAAGAAAUGACCAAAUUUGCUA